AUGGACGGCUCCCCCGACUUCAACGCGCUGCAAUACCUCGUGUCCCCGCAGAAGCAGGACGCCUUCAUCGCCGCGGACUGGGAGGCCGGACCCAAGCUCUUCAAAGGGGAUGAUGAGCGGCGCCAGGCGUUCGCGGGCCUGUUCAACAGGCGGAGCCUGACGGAGGCGAUGCGCGCCAGGGACGCGGCCAAGGGCGGCGGGGCGUUCCGGCUGGGCGCGGACGUCAUUGCGGCAAGGUACCUGAGCGGCGAGCGCGAGACGGUGGGCGGGGACGUCAGCGGCUGCGACGCGAUCUGGAGCCUGUUCGAGGACGGCUGCACCCUCCAGGUGAUCCAGCCGCAGAGGUACACACCGGCUCUCAGGGCCCUGUGCGCGAGGCUGGAGAGCCAGCUGGGCUGCCUGGUGGGCUGCAACGCGUACGUGACCCCCGGGGGCACCCAGGGGCUGGCACCGCACCACGACGACGUGGAGCUGUUCGUCUGCCAGACGGAGGGCUGCAAGGCGUGGCGCCUGUACGGCCCGAUCGGCGGCCACGGCCUGCCCAGCCUGCCCUCCAAGGACCUGGCCCAGGAGGAGCUGGGCCCGCCCAUCCUGGAGGUCACGCUCCACGUGGGCGACGUCCUCUACGUUCCGCGAGGGAUCGUGCAUCAAGCCGUGGCGCAGGACGGCGCAUCGGUCCAUCUGACGAUCUCCACCUACCAGAGGUGGACCUGGGGGGACCUUGCAGCCACGGUCGUCCAGGGGGCCGUGAUGGCCCAGAAGGGGCCGGAUUGCGCGCCGCACUGCCUCCGGCAGGGCUUGCCGCACGGGUUUGUGUACGGCGUGGGCACGCACCCCCUGGAGGCGCCCGACGCGUCCAGGGACGCGGCUAAGGAGCUGGCCGCCCGUUUGAGAGCUCUGGCGGACGUUCUGGAGAAGCACGACGGCCUGGUGAGGAGCGCCGCGGACGCCAUGGCGGAGGACUUCGUUGGGGGGAGGAUGCCGCCGCCAGAGGGGGGCCUGCGGCCCCGCGGGCCCGCGCCGGGGCCGGGCGACAGGGUGAGGCGCAGGGGCGACGGGCUGAUGCGGCUGGCGCGCGUCGAGGCCGGGGAGGAACCCGUCGGCGUGGACCACGCCGUCCAGCUGCUCACCUGCAUGAAGAAUUCGGUGCAGGGGCACAUGAUGGCCGGCGGGGAGGAGUCCGAAGAGGAGGAGGAGGAGCGCAGCGAGGAGUCGCAAUCUGACGGGGAUGACGACAUUGAGGGGAUGGAUGGCGACGGGGAGGAGGGCAGCGAGGAGGAUGAGGACGGGCAGUGCGUGCUGGUGCUGAGGGCGGCGCUGGCGGAGCCGCUGGCGCAGAUCGUGGGCAGCGGGGACGAGGGCGUGGCCGUGGCGGAGUUGAAGGGGGUGGAGGGGGAGGCGGAGAGGAUCGGGUUCGUGACGGAACUGUGGAGGGAGGGGCUGAUCGAGACGCGCGGUGCGGGUGCGGAGGGUGGCCGGCAGAAGCGGGCCAAGAGAUAG